AUGAGUGGUCCACAAAACGAUUUCCAAAAAGUCCAUGAAUCUUCCUCUGGACCAGUCCAAGCUAAUCCAUAUGGCCCAAACCCAUCUGAUUUCUUAUCUAAUGUCAAUAAUUUCCAAUUGAUUGAUUCCACUUUAAGAGAAGGUGAACAAUUUGCCAAUUCUUUUUUCUCUACUGAAAAGAAGAUUGAAAUUGCUAAAGCCUUAGAUGACUUUGGUGUUGAUUAUAUUGAAUUAACCUCUCCAGUGGCUUCUGAACAAUCAAGAAAGGAUUGUGAAGCUAUUUGUAAAUUAGGUUUAAAGGCUAAGAUCUUAACACAUAUUAGAUGUCAUAUGGAUGACGCUAGAGUUGCUGUUGAAACUGGUGUUGAUGGUGUUGAUGUCGUUAUUGGGACGUCUAAAUUUUUAAGACAAUAUUCUCAUGGUAAAGAUAUGAAUUACAUUGCUAAGAGUGCCAUUGAAGUCAUUGAGUUUGUUAAAUCUAAAGGUAUUGAAAUUAGAUUCUCUUCUGAAGACUCAUUUAGAAGUGAUUUGGUUGAUCUUUUGAAUAUUUAUAAGACUGUUAAUAAGAUUGGUGUUAACAGAGUUGGUAUUGCAGAUACUGUUGGUUGUGCUAAUCCAAGACAAGUUUAUGAAUUAGUAAGAACAUUGAAGAGUGUUGUUUCAUGUGAUAUUGAAUGUCAUUUCCAUAAUGAUACUGGUUGUGCCAUUGCGAAUGCUUACUGUGCUCUUGAAGCUGGUGCCAGAUUAAUUGAUGUCUGUGUGUUAGGUAUUGGUGAAAGAAAUGGUAUUGUUCCAUUAGGUGGGUUAAUGGCAAGAAUGAUCGUUGCUGCACCAGAAUACGUCAAAUCCAAAUAUAAGUUGCAUAAGAUCAGAGACAUAGAGAAUUUGGUUGCUGAUGCUGUUGAAGUUAAUAUUCCAUUCAAUAAUCCAAUUACAGGGUUCUGUGCCUUUACACAUAAAGCUGGUAUUCAUGCUAAGGCUAUUCUAGCUAAUCCAUCUACAUACGAAAUCCUGGAUCCUCAUGAUUUCGGUAUGAAGAGAUAUAUUCAUUUUGCUAAUAGAUUGACUGGUUGGAACGCUAUUAAAUCAAGAGUAGACCAAUUGAAUUUGAAUCUAACAGAUGAUCAAGUUAAAGAAGUUACAGCCAAGAUUAAAAAGUUGGGUGACGUUAGACCAUUGAACAUUGAUGAUGUCGAUUCUAUUAUUAAGGAUUUCCACACUGAACUAAGUACACCAAUGUUGAAACCAACUUCCGCCAAAGAUAGAGAAGAUUCUUUAGAUUUGAAUGACGGACCUGCAUCUAAGAAAACUAGAACCAAAUAA